UUGGUUUCCAGAGGGGCGUUCUCCGUCGUGAGGAGGUGUAUGAAAAUCACCACAGGACAAGAGUACGCUGCCAAAAUUAUCAACACCAAAAAGCUUUCAGCUAGGGAUCACCAGAAACUGGAAAGAGAAGCCAGGAUCUGUCGCCUCCUGAAGCAUCCUAAUAUCGUGCGGCUCCAUGACAGCAUAUCAGAAGAAGGAUUCCAUUACUUAGUCUUUGACUUAGUCACCGGAGGUGAAUUGUUUGAAGAUAUAGUUGCAAGAGAGUAUUACAGUGAAGCAGAUGCCAGUCAUUGUAUACAGCAGAUUCUAGAAAGUGUUAAUCAUUGUCAUCUAAAUGGCAUAGUUCACAGAGACCUGAAGCCUGAGAACUUACUUCUAGCUAGCAAAUCCAAGGGAGCAGCAGUAAAACUGGCAGACUUUGGAUUGGCUAUUGAAGUCCAGGGAGAACAACAGGCUUGGUUUGGCUUUGCUGGUACUCCAGGAUACCUUUCUCCAGAAGUGUUACGAAAAGAUCCUUAUGGAAAACCUGUGGAUAUGUGGGCAUGUGGAGUCAUUCUGUACAUCCUCCUGGUGGGAUACCCUCCCUUCUGGGAUGAAGAUCAGCACAGACUUUACCAGCAGAUCAAGGCUGGUGCUUAUGAUUUCCCCUCACCAGAAUGGGACACGGUGACUCCUGAAGCAAAAGACCUUAUCAAUAAAAUGCUCACCAUCAACCCAGCAAAACGUAUCACAGCAUCAGAAGCACUGAAGCAUCCAUGGAUCUGUCAACGUUCUACUGUUGCCUCUAUGAUGCACAGACAAGAGACUGUAGAUUGCUUGAAGAAAUUCAAUGCAAGAAGGAAACUAAAGGGGGCCAUUUUGACAACAAUGCUGGCUACCAGAAAUUUCUCAGCAGCCAAGAGUUUACUGAAAAAGCCAGAUGGAGUUAAGAAAAGGAAGUCCAGUUCGAGUGUUCAGAUGAUGAUAAACAACAAAACCAACGUGGUAACCAGCCCCAAGGAAAAUAUUCCUACCCCGGCGCUGGAGCCCCAAACUACAGUAAUCCACAACCCUGAUGGAAAUAAGGAAUCAACAGAGAGUUCCAACACGACCAUCGAAGAUGAGGAUGUCAAAGCUCGUAAGCAGGAGAUUAUCAAGGUGACCGAGCAGUUGAUCGAAGCCAUCAACAACGGGGACUUCGAAGCUUACACAAAAAUCUGUGAUCCAGGCCUUACGUCUUUUGAACCUGAAGCUUUGGGUAAUCUGGUAGAAGGGAUGGACUUCCACCGGUUUUACUUUGAAAAUGCUCUGUCCAAAAGCAACAAGCCGAUCCACACCAUCAUCCUGAACCCUCACGUGCACCUGGUGGGCGAGGACGCGGCGUGCAUCGCCUACAUCCGCCUGACGCAGUACAUGGACGGCAGCGGCAUGCCAAAGACUAUGCAGUCCGAGGAGACGCGCGUGUGGCACCGGCGCGACGGCAAGUGGCAGAACGUGCACUUCCACCGCUCGGGCUCGCCCACCGUACCCAUCAAGUAAGGAACAGCCCCAGCACCAGCUCACACCUCCUAGGCACACCGCGUAGUCCGAUAGCUGCUUUGGGCCUUAAAAACUGCGAGCCGUCCUCUGGUAGUGUCAUUUCUUGUGGUUGUUUAUUAUGUAUUAUACCCGCUGGUGUGCGUAGUAUUGGUGCGGAGGUUUUUUAAACAAUGCGCUUUUUUGGUUGUGUUUUUUUCUACUGUGAUGCCCACCGAUUCAAUUCGGUCCCUGAACUGACAGCUUGAAGAGCAGGAAGGUGUUUUAAUGUAGAGAAAGCUUGAUGGAAGUCACACAAAACAGGAUUGGAAAACCUGGAAUAGAAUUUCUGGAAAACCUGGAAAAAUAAAAAGCAGUAGGAUAUAUGGAGCUGUGAGAGCUGACCAGAAAGUUUCAUGUAAAGAAGUGUCACUACUGGGAAAAACCUGAUGUUUGACUAACAUUUAGUGUGAUUUCCAGCCACCUCUACUUUCUCAGGCCUAGAUAUGUUCCCUGCAACUUGGGCUUGAGCCAGUUUGCACAUUUCCCUUGUAAAUUGAGCCAUCCCAGUACCAUCUUUCCCCACACUCUGCACACGUAACUGCCGAGUGUUCCCGUCAGACAGCUCCGACAUCCCCGUGGGAAAGCCUCGCGUCUCUCCCGUCAGCUUUUCUCUCUGCUCUUCAUCCAGGCCCUGCCAUGCCCUCAGAGUCAGGCAGUGCCCAGGCUCCUUGAGCCACAUGACACUCAGGCCGUUGGCUCCUCUUCUUCUUCAAUAGCCUCAGCUAAUGAACUCCAAUCUCACUGACUUGUGGUUUCCCAGAUAGGCAGCACUGGUCCAGGCCUGGCUUUGCACAGUUGUGAGCCCUCUGUAUAGGAUACAAUUCCAUUUGUGUCAGGUGUCUUAAUGUGGAGAGUGGCUGAAUUACCUGGCGUGGAUGGUAAGGGCUCAGAUUUCAUCCUUUGAAUUUCAUCAUGUCUUGUAUUUUACUUCUUGCAGCACUCUUCUCCUAUAUUAAAUAAUACUUGAUGAAGUAAGAAAUAAGGUAGAAUGAAGUGUUAAACUUCCAUGGUGAUGAUUUUGUAUUCUUUUUUUUAUUUAGGAAAAAAGAAAUUUUAUUACUUAGAGAUAACUGUUUUAUUUCAAAAUGUGAAACCAAUGGGAACAGGAGCCACGUUGUCCUUUGUUUCUCACAUUCCAGCUGCACUGCCAGUGUUUCAACAGAUCAUACUCAAAGAGCAGUUACACUUCCUUGAAACGCAGUGUUAGGUAAAUCUUGGAGGUGUUCAUAAAGGGAUCUGAGCUGGGUGUGUGUAGAGCCAGAAAGCCCAAGUGAAUCAGGUUCACCUGGCCCACUACUGCACCCUGAGCAGUCAGUGUUUACAGCACAGUGACAUGAAUUGGACUAGGGAAUCAUUUAAUCUUUGGUUAUUUUUUUUCACAUCUGUGUUUUUGGGACAGAGGUGCUGCAGGAGGUUCUUUGCAGUUAUUUGUGCUCUCUAGUAAAGAUGAGAAUUUCUGGAACUGCCAUGGGUGGAAGGAGAAGCAAAAUCACCAUGGAGUAACUUUUUGGAGGUUGCAGGGCAAUUUCUGUAUUGGUGAAUGUUUUGAGCCUAUGGGAUCAGACCGAGGAGAUUCCAGGAUUGUGAGGGGUAUCCAAGCUUAAGGGGUCACAGAACCAGACUGAGGCUUAAGGAGAGAUUCCCUGAGUUAGCAACAUAGCCCUACAUGUGUAGCACUGGCAGCAAUAUCACAAAAAUCCCAUAAACAGCUCUCAUCUUGAAUUCAGAGGAGGUUUUUGGACUUGCUCCUAGCACUGUUCCAAAAUAUCAUUAGUCUGUUGGUUAGGAGCCUUACUUUUAGUGUGAAAUUUAGUCAUUUUCAGUGUAUCUUUGGUUCUUGUAUGUCAUCGUUCUCCUGCACUGGUUAGGUGUGCAGACAUCAGCUGGUUUGUAGGAAGGCUGAUCAGAUCGUUCCCACCUUCUACUUCUGUAGGGUUAAACAGCCAGCGCUACCCCAGAUGGCAUUGAUGGGAUCUCCAUUUUCCAACUACCUUAUCUCCUUAAUGUCUUCUUUUGUUUGAGGUUUGCCUUUCCAUUAGCUUGGCUUCUUCUGAAAUGCUCUGUCCAACUGUGGGACUUGAUGGAAUUCCCCAAUGUCUUUCUCUGACAUGAGAAAUGCCCUGCUCUGUUCUGGCAUGAUUUUUGCACUUUUGUGAUCUGCAGCACAUCUGAGACAGCCACCUACUUAUCAACUCUCAUGUCCAGCCAGUGAGUACAUAGAAACUUCUAGAGCUUUGGACUUCCUAUUAUUCCAUGUAAUACUUUUGGAUUAGCCAGCCCUCAAGGUUAUUUGGUUCUCCUUGUACAAUGGUCCUGUUUUCUUUUCUUUUUAUAGUGCCUUCCACCUAAGUGUCAGUAUGCUGCGUGAGAUCAGUCCUACUGCUUGUGCUCAGGAUUAGUGAGUCUCCUCUAGGCUGAUGGCUCCCAUUUCAGCACAAACAUUCUUUCUUUAUUCCCCUUCUUCUUAAGUCUGACUGGGAGAUUCCCACGUGGCACCAAGCUAGAAUCACCUCCUAUGACCUGUCUUGACCAUUUUUACAUGGUCUCAAAUUUCAUCUUUGCUUUUCCCAGUCUGAGCAGCAAUAACUCCAUUUUGGAAAACUAGAGAAGAAACUUGAUUAACACGUUCUGGUUUAUCUUCCCUUUAUUUGAAAGUAUGCAGUCUACAGCUACUUAUUUAAAUAUUACCAACAUACAGUACUUAAUAAUGGCAUUUCCAUAAUACAAAAGUAUUUUAUAUAUCAUGUCUGAAGAUGAGUUUCAAAUCUAAUAAAGUUGCAGAAACGAUUAGAGCUGUGAUCUGCUUCUGCAGGCAUGGUAUCCUAGAUGAUGUUACAUCAGUUUCUGCAAGCACGGAAGCUUCCUUGUUUUCAGGACUAUGAGAAGGAGUGUGCAUAAAUCUAAGGGUAGAACUGAGGUCUUUGGUAGCUGUAGGUGUAGGGAAAUGUUUCCUUGUGGCAGAGAACGUAAUUGAAAAAGGAUACAAGCACAAACGUAUAUUUGUUUAUAAAUAUAUUUGUUUAUGAAUAAAUUGUAUUGGUAGUUUUGCUGCGCGUUGAGAUGAGGCAGACUUGGGUUUCUGUCUCGCCCAUCGUUUCUGUCUGGGUGAUGGGAUAUGGUGAUAGGAGAUGGUAGGAAAUUGUUCUCUGUAUCCUUGUUCUUGGGGACCUGUGCAAAUGUGUUUCUGCUUGUUCUCGCCGAGUGCACAGGCCCAGUAGGAGCAGCCAAAGGGCUGCUGGGCCUGAAAGUGGCUCCCUAACCUACCUUUAGCCUCAGUGAGGCUUAUGUUCCCUCCCUGACCACAGCUCACACCUUCUUAUGCUUUGAUAAGCACAGUCCCAGAGAGCAGGAAUGCUGAGUAAAGAGUUUGUUCUGUGUUUGUGCAGUGCCUAGCGCAGAGGGAUCCCACCACGGCUCCAGCCCCUAGAUGCUACGGUAAUACAAAUGAUGCUCCAACCUCAGUUAGCUCCAUACUUGCUGCCAGCUCCUUUCCCUUCCUUCUCUCUCUGCAUUCGGCUCUGGCAUGUCUUGCAUGUGAAUGACACCCGAUUCUUCCUUGUCACUUGGUCCAGUCUUUGUACAAGAGCCUCAGUCCAUGGCAGUGCCUGCGAUGUCCAUGCUGAGGAAGUUGAGUUACACCCAGAGACUUUCGGAUUCCGCCCUCCCUCCCUUAAGGAAUCCCUUAAGGCACUUUGGCUUCCUGCCUCAGUUUCCUUUUUUAUUUUAACAGCCUGUCUGGCAUCUUGUAAAGAUGGAAAAUGUCUGUAAAGUGGUUUGAAAAAUAAAAGAAUGCCUUGCCUGAGUGGCGGUUUUUUCCCUUGCUUUUUCCCGGUAUCGUGUUAAGUGAUCUCGACAAGAUGGUUUUUUUUCAAUGGCAUUGGCUAACACUUGAGCAUGUGUUGUUAUCUGGUGGUGAUGUUACCUCAGUAAUGGAAAUCUGUUUGUUUUUUUCUCCUUCCUCCUAGCUAAAAAUAUCAGCGGUGCCGCUCUUGCAUUUUCUGUACCCAACGCACCUGGUUGAUUACCAUCUUGGCCAUCCCGUUCUCUUCAUGCAUGUUUCUGAGUGCAUGAAGUUGUGAAGGUUCUUCAUGUAACACAUUUGUGAUGCACCACGUUGCUGUAUAUUCCAUCUGUACACUGUUAACAUUUCAAUGAAGGUGAUGUUCCAUGCAAAUAGAGAAUAACAAGGCGUAAAAGACAAAAAGAGAUAUUGGAUGGACAGCAGUAGACACACAGUAAUACAUUUGUCACUUGCUCCAUUUAUGCCAAGUUUUGACAGACAACUUUAAAAUCUAUCAUGUUUAUUAAAAAAAAAAAGAAAAAAAAAGAAAAAGUAUAUUUUACCUUCUUUUAUUAAGAACUGUUUUUUGACUUCUCCUUUUUCUCCUGAGUCCCAGGAUUUUGCUUUGGUUCUGGUAGGAAUGGUUAGGAUUGCCGCUGGCAGCUCCUUCACUGUAAAACAGAUUUUUAUCAUAGAUGGACAAAAUCACUGAUAAAUGUGGAAGUGUUAAUAUCUUGGCUUUGGACCAGCUGCAGCCUUCUUCGUUUAUUAGUCUGUGUAAACUGGAAAAAUCUCCUCAUUUGCUGGCUUGGCCACUCCAGAAUUAACUGUCAGUGUUCUGGUGAGUCAGCAGCUUCCGUUUUCCUCUGGAGUCCUUUUCGCUUUCUUAUUUUGCUUAACUGAAAGGUUCUGUCAGAUGAUUAAGCAAAACUAAAAACUGUAAGGAACUAAGUGAUAAUUGAGAGGCAGUUUUCGAGGAUUAAAAUGGAAGGAAAGAGAAAGAUUUUUAUCGCUUUUAGGAUGUACUGUAAAUUUUUUAAAGAGGCUUUAAAAAAUAUAAUAUGUGGGUUAAUGUAUAGACCAGUUGUGUGGGUAAUAUACUCGAGAAAUAUUAGGCCUUAAAGCUAAGUAUGAAGAGUUUACUUACAUUACACUGCUGCUGUUGCUUCUCUGGAAACGAAAUACGGAGACACCGGUUUUCCGUGGGACCCUAACACUUCACCACAGGUUUGUGUCUCCCCCUCUUCCCCUCAGUCCUCUCUUGGUUUCCCAAGCUCCCCUGGCAGCGUUCGGUAUCGAGGCCGGCGAUCCCGACGGGUUUGUCCCGGCUCCGGGCCGAGGGAGGAACGCCGCGCCGGCAGCGCGGAACGCAAACUUUGCAGCAGGGACUAGUUCUCCUUCCCUCACAUUGCUGUAAAAAUGAGUCUUCACAAGAAUUUCAGUUUGUUCCCUUCCACUUCCUUCAGGAAAGGCCAGGCUGGGCUGCUCCUGAUCUCCCAUGGUUCCGUUAGCAGCAGGCUCCUGCUCCCCGCAGCGCUGUACAGUGCAUGGUAUCUCAGUCAGUGUCCUUUUUAGCCGUCCAGAAUUUACAACUCGGCAGCCGGGACUUUUUAAAAUGGGAAAGCUUCCUAAUUUGUAUCAUUUCACCUUUCUGUGUUGAUUACUAAUCAGAAGCAGUUCUUAAACAUGUUGAUGUUGUUACUAGUGGAUGUAUGGUAGAUGGACUUAAGCUUCUCUGAUAAUUACUACAUGACUUUAAACAAUAUAUAUUUAAAAUAAGCAUCUACAAUAAAUGUGUUGAGCCAUAUUAACCUGCCAAUGGGAUCUGUGAAAAAAGUAAUGGCCUCAUUUUUUUUUCUCAUUGAUUUUUUUCUUUUUUUUUUUCUUUUUUUCUUUUUUUCUUUUUUUUUUUUUUGUGAAGCGGCUAUAAGUGGCAUAACUGUAUUUAAAAUUAACGAAUUAGGUGUAGGGUGUUUUUUUUAUACUUCUAACCUAGCAUGUGGUGUUGACGUAUUACUGUAGACCAAGUUUGUCUUCCACACCAAGACGUGAGGAAAUUGUGAUUUGUUCUCUCCACCACAACUGAAUUCUACACUUCUGUCAUUUUGGAACACUGCAGUUUACCAUGGGACACAGUGUACAUAUUUCUUGCCAUAAUGGUAAAUGAUUGAUAUAUUUAAGGAUUAAUAAAUUUGUGAUUUCUGCUGAAA